AUGGAUAUCGACCACGACGUUCCCACAAUCCUCGCUACUCUGCGCGUCGAGGCCGGUGAUGACUUGGCCCCCAUCUUCUACACAAUGGAGGAUCUAUGGGAGCGCAAACUAUGGCACCAACUCACCCAAACUCUUAAGGAGUUUUACGCCGACCCACGUAGCGAACCAUUGCGUCUGCGCGUCUUUACCCAGUUUAUUCGCGAGUUCCAGCGCAAAAUUAACCAGCUGAGCUUGGUUUCCUUUGGUUUACUUGCUGCAAACCAAUCUGCAACUCCUGAAGAAGCCCUCUCUUUCCUCACAAAGCUCGCCGAAAAGGUCGACACCCCAGAGUCUUGGGACGCACAUCUGUUUGCAGAAAUUGAAAUUGCCCGCGUUCAACUUGUCCUCAAUAAUACCGAAGAGGCCCAUACCCUUUUGCAAAAAGUUGCAAAGGCCCUCGAUACCUCUGCAACAGUUAAUACUUAUGACCCCAUGAUCAAUGCAGCAUACUACGACGUGUCUGCUGAGUAUAACAAGGCCAGCGCAGAUUUCACAUCCUACUACCGCAAUGCACUGCUUUAUUUGGCAUGCAUUAACCUUCAAAAAGAUCUGACACCUGUGGCUCAGCAACAACGCGCAUACGACCUGAGCAUUGCUGCCAUUUUGGGCGAUAAGAUUUACAACUUUGGCGAGCUGCUUCUGCACCCAAUUCUCGACUCUCUCAAAGAUAGCGAGUACCAAUGGUUGCUUGAGCUGCUGUUUGCUCUCAAUGACGGCAAUGUUAACAAGUUUGAGGCUCUUACAUCUCAGCACAUUUCUAAACAACCUAUUCUGCAAAACUCACUCCCCUUUCUGCGCCAAAAGAUUUGCCUGACCGCCCUUAUUGAGGCUGUCUUCAAGCGACCCACGUCAUCGCGUGUACUUACUUUUGAAACAAUUGCCCAUGAAACUCGGCUGUCAAUUGACGAGGUUGAACAUCUCGUCAUGAAGGCAUUGUCUCUGGGUCUGCUCAAGGGAUUCAUUGAUCAAGUUAGCCAAACUGUUACCGUCACUUGGUUACAACCCAGAGUAUUGAAUAAAGACAAUAUUGAGAGCAUGCGUUUGCGUCUGGUUCAAUGGGAUAAUGAUGUCAAGAACCUGAGUGUGUGGAUGGAAAAUGAAGGUAAGGAGGUUUGGACUUAUGCUUAG